UCAAAAAUCAAGUAAUACCAACGGAACUAUUUUCCCUAUGAAAAGGCAGAGAGUUUACAAGAGCAAGACCUCUUCCUCUUCGUUUGUAAUAACAAAAAUAAACCAAAGUCCUGACAUAUUUGUAGUAUUUCUAUUCCUAAAGGAAAAAACAGGAACUUUCAUUGUACUUUAAAGUUAAUGUUACUACCCCAGAUAUUUUACCAGCUUAGCACUGUGAAAUCAGUUUCAGACACAGGAGACCGACAGCUCUCUCUAGGAAAUACCCAAUUAGGGUGGUGCCUCUGAAGUACCCAGGGGUCCUGUAACUGAUCAGUUUUUCCCAGAGGGCUUCUGCAGCCCACAGUCCUGGUUGGACAGCACGCACCAUGCUCGGAUUUUUCCUGUUGCCUGGCUAGUGACCCCCCUACAGGAAGAUAACAGACAAGCCAGGAGGGCGGAGCAGCUCGCUACACAUGUCUGGCUGUUCUUAUCAACUUAUCAUAUAAGGAAAGGAAAGUGAUUGAUUCGGAUCCUGACACCACAGAAUCUGGGGGCAGAGAGACAAAGACGCUUUAACGCUGAUCCUUAAAGUGAGCAGAGCCCACACCAGUGAGCCGGGCUCUUCUUCCCACCGCGCUCUGACAGUUUACUGCAGGACCGGAGAGAAGACAGCGUUAAAAACCAAGUUUGCUGCUAGCAAAGACUUCCACUGAUGGACCUUAAGCCAAGGCUGCGGAGCCCUGCGCCUGAGAGGGCAGCUUAGGAUUUGGGCUCCCACGUGCCUUAAAUCUGCUAAUCCGGUGUUUGUUCCCAGAGAAAGAAAGAAUGUGGCAGAUUGUUUUCUUUACUCUGGGCUGUGAUCUUGUCUUAGCUGCAGCCUAUAACAACUUUCGGAAAAGCAUGGACAGCACGGGGAAAAGGCAGUAUCAGGUUCAGCACGGGUCUUGCAGCUACACUUUCCUCCUGCCGGAGACGGACAACUGCCGCUCCGCUUCCAGCUCCUACGUGUCCAAUGCUGUGCAGAGGGACGCGCCGCUCGACUACGACGACUCGGUGCAGAGGCUGCAAGUGCUGGAGAACAUCAUGGAAAACAACACUCAGUGGCUCAUGAAGCUUGAGAAUUAUAUCCAGGACAACAUGAAAAAAGAAAUGGUAGAGAUGCAGCACAAUGCAGUGCAGAAUCAGACCGCGGUGAUGCUGGAGAUCGGAACGAGCCUGCUAAACCAGACAGCAGAGCAAACCCGGAAGCUGACAGACGUGGAAGCCCAAGUAUUAAAUCAGACAACGAGACUUGAGCUUCAGCUUCUGGAACAUUCCCUUUCCACAAACAAACUGGAGAAACAGAUUUUGGAUCAGACCAGUGAAAUUAACAAACUGCAAGAUAAGAACAGUUUCCUAGAAAAGAAAGUACUAGACAUGGAAGACAAGCAUAUAGUUCAACUCCGGUCAAUAAAAGAAGAGAAAGACCAGCUCCAGGUGUUAGUAUCCAAGCAGAAUUCCAUCAUUGAAGAACUUGAGAAACAGUUAGUCGUGGCUACAGUGAAUAACUCGGUUCUCCAAAAGCAGCAACAUGAACUCAUGGAGACAGUUCACAAUUUAUUGACUGUGAUAUCAACAUCAAACUCAGCUAAGAGCUCAUUUGGCGCAAAGGAAGAACAAAACAUUUUCAGAGACUGCGCGGAAGCAUUCAAAUCCGGGCUAACUACCAACGGCAUCUACACGCUAACAUUCCCCAAUUCCACAGAGGAGAUAAAGGCUUACUGCGACAUGGAGACCGGCGGAGGCGGGUGGACGAUCAUUCAGCGACGAGAAGAUGGUAGUGUUGACUUCCAGAGGACUUGGAAAGAAUAUAAAGUGGGCUUUGGGAACCCUUCAGGCGAAUACUGGCUGGGAAAUGAAUUUGUUUCACAAGUGACCAAUAAACAACGUUAUGUGCUUAAAAUACACCUUAAAGACUGGGAAGGGAACGAGGCUUACUCCCUGUACGAACACUUCUAUCUCUCAAGUGAAGAGCUCAAUUACAGGUGUGAUGAUGGGAAGGCACCACGUGCGGUAGAGAGAGACGGCUGGCUGUGCGCCCGGUGGUGCCUCAGGAACUGGCUGGAGGGGGCACAACACAAUGGCUUGCUCACCAACAUGGUCCUGGAACACAGACCAGGGUGUUUGGUGUUCAUGGAACACACAUUAUGAAAUGUCUACAGGGACAGCACAGAGACAGUCACCACCUGGCCGACGGUUGCAUCUACACCCCAUUAAUGUCCCAAACUCAGCCUCUGCUCAACAGAAAUUCCAAGAUUCAAAUAGUCUGGAAAAUAAACAUGAUUUCAAAGUCCUUGAGCUGGCUUCUUGGGGGUGGGUCACGAUGACAGCACAGAACAAUAGGCUGAGAGCCAGCUUGCCUGACAACUACCUGAGAAUCAUGAAAUGCCCUGUGUGUUUUCCUUUAACAACAGCGGGCCAAAAGUCAGAAGCAUGUUCUGAAAAUAGAUAACAUACAAGCAGCUCUGACAUGACUUUCAAAAUGUCAGUGAAACAUAGUCUACCACCUGUCCUAGAAAGAGUAGGGCCCUCUUGGAGAGGCAGUGGCUCAGAUGAAUGGAAACAUAGGUGCUCAGGCUUCAUGGCAGCUCUGAAAUCACUCCGAACAGAUAAAAAUGUCAAUGAAUUUUUAGACACAAGUGGUUGGUCAUUGUUUUACCUCCAAGCUAAAUAUUUUUUCAACUGGCAAUAGCUAGGACUCUACAACACACGAAUUAAAGAGAGAAAAAAGAAGAAAGAAACACAAAAACUAAGGAUUAGAUGGUUUACAUAAGAAGAUUUUACAAAAUGGGUCAUUACCCUCGUAUGCUGACAUUAUGAAAAUAUUGUAAGCUGAGAUGGUUCUUAACAGACAUUUCCUUUGGAAAUGCAACCAAUUUUGGGAUAUGCCAUUUUAAAAGGCACACAUUUGAGUGCCUUCUUAACGUAGUAGGUGGUGUGUUAGUCUCAUAAAAAGCACAUUUGUUUACAGUUCAUUUUAAUUUACUUGGCAGUGUUAAGACAGAUAUUGCAUCAAAUAAAUUAUCCUUAUAAAACAUGUUGUGGUGAUGCGAGCCAUCAUGUGACUAAAUAAUAACUACAAAUGUCUCAGAAUGCUGACUGUAUGGAGCAGCUGAUGUGUUCUUUUUUUCUAAACAUAUGUUCCCCAAAUGUUGGAAAACUGAAAAAUACAUGUUAUAAGGAGUGGAUAAAUACAUCAAAAGAAUAUGAUUCUUUUUAGUAAAACUAAAAACUUAUUUGUACAGUAAACCUUAAAAACUGGCCUCUUUUUACAAACAUUCUGGCAGUUCUAUACAAACACAGAGAUUUAAUUAUUAAAUGUUGUAAUGACCUUCUCUACUCUACUGUUAUAUAAAAGCAACUGAGAUCAAUUUUAAUGCAAUUUCAAAAAUGUGGCUAUUCUUAACCAAAUUUUAAAGAAAGCAACUUUAAACCAAUGGGCUGUACAAUACAAGG